AUGAAGUACAUACUCUUUCUCGCCUUUGUUGGUGUGGCUGUUGCCUUCCCCAUCAACAGUGAUGAUGAUGACGACAAGAUCGUGGGAGGCUACACCUGUGCAGCGAACUCUGUCCCCUACCAGGUGUCCCUGAAUGCUGGCUAUCACUUCUGUGGAGGUUCCCUCAUCAACAGUCAGUGGGUCGUGUCGGCUGCUCACUGCUACAAGUCUCGCAUCCAAGUGCAGCUCGGGAAACAUAACCUGGCAAAGAAAGAACCAACAGAGCAGUUGAUUAGUUCAGCCAAAGUCAUCCGCCACUCUGGCUACCGCCCUUCGACACUGGACAAUGACAUUAUGCUCAUCAAGCUUGACAAACCAGCCCAGAUCAACCGCGCUGUCCAAACCAUUCCUCUGCCUACCAGCUGUGUGGCCACAGGCACCACAUGCCUGAUCUCUGGCUGGGGCAACACACUCAGCAAUGGCAGACUCCCAACAGUACUGGGAAGUGCUGUGGGACAGGAGUAG